AUGGAGGCUCACAGCAACAGUGUCCAUACCAAAGCAACCUGUCACCCAAAGUCUCACAUUGUUUUCCUCAAGACACACAAAACAGCGAGCAGCACCGUCUUAAACAUCCUAUAUCGAUAUGGUGAAAGCAGAAACUUGACCUUUGCUUUCCCUCUAAACAAGCAGAGCCAAUUGUUUUAUCCAUUCUUUUUUGCUUCACAUUUUGUGGAAGGAGUUAGCAGCCAAAGUGUGAGGGAGUUCCACAUCAUGUGCAACCACAUGAGGUUUAGAAAGUCUGAGGUGGCAAAAGUGAUGCCUGAGGAUACCUUCUAUUUUUCCAUCCUGAGGCAUCCUGUGGCCAUGAUGGAGUCCAUCUUUAUUUACUACAAGAGCAUCCAGGCUUUCCACAAGACUCACAGCCUGGACAACUUCCUAGACAACAGCUCGAGAAACUACAACUCAUCAUUGACUAACAAUCACUACGCUCACAAUAUUCUGGCUUUUGACUUUGGCUUUGACAACAACGUUGCAGCUGGUGCUGUAGACCUAGAGGAGAGAGCUAGCAUGGCUAUUGCAGCCAUUAAACGUGACUUCCACCUUAUUCUUAUUUCAGAAUACUUUGAUGAGUCCAUGAUUUUGCUCAAGCAUGCCCUCUGCUGGUCCCUGGAAGAUGUGGUUUCCUUUAAGCUCAACAGGCGCAGUGAACAAACCCGUCACCCACUUUUACCAAACACUGCAGAGAAAAUCAAGAGGUGGAAUGCUUUGGAUUGGAGGAUAUACCUGUACUUUAACACCACCUUCUGGCACAAAAUAGAUAGUCUUGUUGGGCAAGAGCAGAUGAAGAAGGAAGUAUAUCAUUUGAGAGAGCUACAGGCCAAGCUUGCAAACAGCUGCCUGAAAGAUGGCAGGGCAGUUGACCCUUCCAAGAUAAAAGAUGCCGGGCUGAAGCCAUUCCAGUAUGGAGCAGCUGUAAUUGAGGGCUAUAACCUAAACCCACACAUAGACAGACAAACCAAAAUAAAAUGUCAAAGACUUAUUACUCCAGAAUUGCAGUACACGGAGCGUCUCUACACACAGCAGUUCCUAGAGCUAGCUUCUAAGCAUCCAAAAUAA